AUGUCGCGUACACCUUUUGCCUUAAAUACACAGACCCUCUCUUUAUUCAGUCGUCGGUUACUCAACUGUCCUACAUAUCGUCUAAAGUAUAAACCAGAUGCCAAGAAUGCUGCUGUCUUGGUCCCACUUUGUCACAAUGAGCACAACCAACCCAGUGUUCUCUUUACAGUACGCAACCUAGAAAUGAGAACACACAAAGGAGAAGUAAGUUUUCCAGGUGGUAAACAAGAUCCUGUUGAUGCAUCGGUUCAAGAGACAGCAUUACGUGAGACGAUGGAGGAAAUUGGAAUCAGUCCUCAUGACAUUGAUAUCCUCGGACAAUUCUCCUGCCUUCCCAAUCAGUCGGGUUCACUACGCGUGCACCCCUUUGUGGGCUAUGUUCGAAAACCCGUCAAUGCGGCCCUUUUGGAUUAUAAUCCCGAGGAAGUCGCAAAAGCAUUCUGUCUUCCCCUUGAAUAUCUCUUGCGGCCUUCUGUUCGAGAAUUGAGACAGUUUAGAGAUACUUCGCACAAGUAUACCGUAUUUCAUUUACCGCAACCCAUCGAGUCAGAGACAGAAAUAUGGGGAUUAACGAGUUUCAUUCUUGACGGUGUGCUUCGAAAGAUACUACCAGAAUAUUUUACUUUAAAAAAUUAGAUAUGUAUAGAUAGAACAAUAUGUUGUUGCCCAUUGCUAAAGAUGUAGAUAAUUGUAUUGUGUUGAUUAUUUAUUU